AUGUCGACAGAAGUGCGGCUCGGCUCUAUCGUCGAGGUCACUGCUGGUCGCGGUGUCGUUCGUUUUAUUGGGGCAACAUCGUUUAUGGCUGGGAAAUGGAUCGGACUAGAGUUGUAUGAGCCGAACGGGAAGAACGAUGGCACGGUCGGGGGCGUUGUCUACUUCAACUGCAAGCCGCUAUACGGACUAUUUGUGCGCGCCAGUCAACUCAAGGGGGUGUUGGGGAUGGAGCCAGAGCCUCGAACGCCUGCUCCUCCAGUAAAGCGGCCAUCUGUCGGGCACCAAAGGACAAACACCCCGCAAAACCAACUGCGGCUCCCGCAUCCCCCCACCAAGCCAGCGCAACGAACUCUUCUUACAAUGCCAGCGAGAAAAGCGUCACAAUCGACUUCACCUCCUGCUGCUCGCACUGCGGAACCCCCAACUAACGCGGCAGUCAAUGGAGUAAACGGGUCAGCCCCGGGUCCAAGAUUAUCCUCUCCAUUAGCCACAACAUCACCUUCCCCUUCAUCCAAUCCUCAGCCAUCAGUUGUCCGACCGCCCUCCUCUUUAGGUCCAACGCCACAAAUCUCGACCCGGAGCGCCCCGGAUGACCAAGAGCUGCAAGAACUCCGAGCAAAGAUACGAGUUCUGGAAGCCAAACGAGCCGAUGACGCGCGCCAUGUGCGUGAACUCGAAACCCGUCUGGCAGACGCAGAAACAUUUGUGGCUCUCCGACCAAAACUGCAAGCGACGCUUAAUACCAUGAAGACAGACCUCAUUGCUACGCGCCGAGAGCUGGCUGAUGCGCAACAACUGGCCGAACUAUCGGAGGGCCGGAUAUUAGAUGCUCAAGAGCAGUUGGAGAUGACGAUGUUAGACAAGGAGGUGGCGGAAGAACGUGCAGAGACAGCGGAAACAGAGCUAGAGGACGUGAAGGAACGACUAGCGAUUGUGGAAGUGGAGUUGGAAAUGUUAAAAGAAGGGGGCGGGGAGGAUGAGGAGGACGAUGAUGCCGGAAAUAGAUCGAUGGCCAAGGGAAAGGACUCGCUUGCCUAUGUUCAGCUGGAGAAGCAGAACGAACGCUUAAAGGAGGCACUUUUGCGACUUCGCGACAUGACCCAAGAGACGGAUCACGAACAGAAGAGGAGGAUAGCGGAGAUGGAGAGGGAUGUUGCUGGGACAGAGGAACUUCAAUCCAAGUACGAGACAACUGAAAUCAAGCUUGCAAAUGCCGAAAUUCAGAUCGAGGAUCUCAAAAUGCAACUUGACGACGCGCUUGGUGCGGAAGAAAUGCUGGUUCAACUGACGGAGCGUAACCUUAUGCUUGGCGAGAAAAUUGAGGAGAUGCGUGUUACCAUCGAAGAUCUCGAGGCCCUGCGAGAGCUCAACGAUGAAUUGGAGGAGAACCAUGUUGAGACCGAGCGGGCUCUCAUGGAAGAUCUCGAAUCCAAAGACACGCAAAUUCGAGAACAUGUCCGACGGGCUGAGGCUCUGGAAGAUGCUUGUGCUGACCUCGAAGGCACCAUUGGACAGUUCCGAGAACUCGUCGUCCAACUCCAGAGCGAGCUUGAGACUUUGCGUGCUCAACAUCAAGUAGCCCAAACAGAGUCUCAAACUGCGGCAACGCAAUCAGCCGCGAUGAUGUCGCUCAACCUCAAACUGCAGUCCUCCGCAUCGAAGAAUCAGGCCCGGAAUAUCGAGCUCGAACUGCGCAAGAUCGAUGCGCGCGAGGGUAGAGAGCUACUCAACAUAAUCCAACCGUACCUCCCGCAAAUCUAUGUUGAGACAGACAGUGAUGCCACAAGCUGUUAUCUGUUCUUCCAGCGUAUGGGUAACAAGACGGAGCUUAUCAACACGACGGUGUCGCAGAAUAACGGCCUUCCCGACUCAUUGAACGGCUCGGUUUCAGACGCCCUUGUCGGUGUUUGCGAUAUGCGAGGUCGCAUUGCUGCUCUCUCGACCUUAUGCAGGCGUUUCGCGGCCAUUAUGCGCCGCUGCGACGUCGAGUCCUUCCUUAACUUUGGUCGGCUUUAUCCUGAACUGGCUCCCAUGGAAAAGAGAAUCGAUAUGCAUAUCGACUUGCUAAGGAGGGAUGAGUUCCGUGAGAUGGAGUGUGUGAGCGAUGUAGUUAAAAUCGCUGCCCAAUUCGACCAUCUUGCAGAAACAUACUUCAGCGGAUUCGAUUCAGACCUGGGCGAGCGGGAACUAGGUUACUUCAUGUCCUUUGACUCGGAUUUGGAUAUCUUUGCCGCUUCUAUCGGUCUCUCGAAGACGUCAAUAACGUCGUUAAUCCAGGACGAAGAGACAGUUCUUGAACUGGGUGGUUAUGACAUCCAGACCGAGUUGAUGCAACCCCUCCAGCGUCUUUUGGAACAAUACAAGUCAGCAAAGGCCAUCUCCAAAAAGCUCACUAAACGAAUGGAGGAGCUCAUCCAAGACUCUGCCGCGCUCAAGGCGCAUCUAGUUCCGCAGAUGAAAGGGCUCAGCAACUUUGUGCCCGAACUUGUCAACUUUGGUAUUUCGUUUGCCCAGCAAAUCAUGCCACACAUCAGCGAUGUCCGUGCCAACAAAACGCCCUUCCAGCUGACCACCAUUCUUUCUGCGGCGAAACAGAACGCGUUGGCAACUGUGGCGAAGGACAUGAAGCCCGGAAGCAGUGCAUGGGAGGCGAUUGGCGAGUCAAUUACACAGCUUGUUCAGGAGGGAACCAAGCUGCUGCCGCUGACAAUGGAGGCUGAGAACGUGGUCAAGGCCUCUGGCAUCUCGCCAUGGGUUACCCGCGUUGAAGAAGUCAAGACGAGCCUUGCUGUGAAUCUGGAGGCGGAACGAAGGGUGUCGCAGCUGAACGAAGAACUGCAAGGGCUGAUGCGGACGGUGAAGCAGAAGGAGCAGCAGAUCCAAGAGGCGACUGUCAAGAACGACUUGAUGGAGCGCAAGAUGGAGAUGGUGAAGAAGCAGGCCGACGCGAUUACGGAGAAGGACGGGAUCAUCGCUGAUGGCAAGCGGCGGCAACGGGAGUUGGAGGAGGCGCUUGAGCAGGUCCAGGGCGAUUUGGAUACGUCGGAGCAGGAGAGGAUGAAGUUGAAAACGCUGGUUGGUACUGAACAGCGGCCAGCCCCAGGGGUUGUUGCGCCAGAACCAGAGAAUGCCCAGACCGAGGGCAGUUUGGAGACGUCACAUCUUCUUGAACAGAUCGAUGCUUUCCGUGGUACUGUUCGAUAUCUACGCAUCGAGAAUGCAUAUCUCAAAGGCCAAGAUCUUCUUCGUGAAAUCGAGGCCCUUCCGCCCCUCCCUCAACCCAUUCUCAGAAUGGCAACCCCACCGCUUGACCCCUCACGGCUCUCCGACUCGGAGUCGUCAGACGACGAAGACGAGCCACGGGCGCCGCCAACACUGCGCUCGUUGGCAACCGAGACGAAGCUGCUCUAUCGGGACGUGAUCAAGUUUUCUACUGCCCCGCGCGUUGUCGACCUGUCCGUGCUCAACGCCAAACGCGCGCAAACAACCAGUGGGCGGGCGUGGAUGCCCAAGAAGGCGACUCCGGCAUAUCAGGUUUUGGAGCGCAAACAAGAGGCAGAGCGGUUGAGCCGGAGGGUGAAGGGGCUGUUGGAUAGAGCCACGAUGAUUAGGCCAUAA